AUGCGCCACGUGUGUGGCUCAACUGCACCUCGACAUCGAGGUCCUGGACUGCGUGGCUGCACCGGCGACCCAGGGUCGGCGGUGCACCACACGGCAUGCCAGAAGAUACUUGACGAGGCCGGCAUCAGCAAUAUGCAUGUCGAGGUGUUCGAAACGAGUGUUGUCUCCCUUUCUGGUGGUACUGCUGCCCUCCACCGUGCAUUCGAGCCAAAGUACAACGCGUUUCACCUCACGAGGAGGCGAGAUGUUGUUCCUGAGAUUACGCCUGCCAACAAGGCCAUGAUGCCAUUCUUGCCUUUACCCGCCGCCGACGGCUCACGCCAGCCAGACCAGAAAACUCAUGCUUUGACCUCCCGACAUGUCGCUGUGCGAACCCGUCACAACCACGACGAGUGCUACAUUGAGCCAAGCGACACGAAUGGCCUAAUACAUAUUGCUUGGGGCGCAACAAAUCGCUUUCUCGGUGAGCUUCGCAAUCUCGAACACUGUCGCUCGGAAAUGAACAGAUGCAUGUGGCCCCUCCAGAAGUUGCAUUACGAGGACACUGCCUCAAAGGCGGAUGAAGAGGCGCUUGCUCUCCUCGAGAGUUGCGAAAACACAUACCUCGGUCGUGUCACAGAUCUGAUAGGAAAUGCAUCAGAGCUCAGCCUGGACGCACAGGAGCGACGUGUCGGACAAUUCGCAUUUGCAGGAAAGCAUGGUCUGAACGACGAUGGCGGCUGGAGUGAUUGGGCUUUGGUUGCGCUUGACAAGGCCCACGAGAUGGAGAGGAGCGAUGUUAAGGACAGCAAGGACGGUGGCGGGGACGACAGCAAUGACGCCGAAAAUCUUUUUGGAUCGAACCAGGUCUCCAUGGACGACUUGCUUUCGCGAAAACGCGGCCAUUUGUCUGUGGUUCUUGGCCUAUCUGACGACAUUCCCAUCUUCCACAAAAUGGACACUCACGGCUUCGUGCAUUUUCAGCUCCCCGCUGCUGCCUAUUCUGCCCAGCCCCCACCUUCUCCUUCCAGAAAAGUCCGUCCAAACGCAUCCCAAAGAGGUACCACACUGCAAUAG